AUGGAAGCAAAUGUCCCUCCGCUCUGGUGCAGAAGAGUCAAACUACAGGGUAAAGUCAGGAGAAGAGUGCAGGACUUGCGGAUACCAUCUUCGUCCAUUUUUGACUCUCUGAGCAGCAGGGCCACUCUGGAGCUGAGCCACAAUGAGAGCGCUCGCCUGGCCGCAGACUGUCUCCUCUCACAGGGCCUGGAGGCUUACCAAGAGACGCUGCAGACUGAGGGAGAAGUGGACUUCCUGUCACAGCUGGAGAAGAAAUACUUCUUGGAAAAUGGAGAAGAUUCUGAACCAGAUGCAGGUGAUGGCGGUGAUGCGUUUGAAAGCUCAUCCUCCAGCUUUCAUUCAGCGACACAGUGUCCCUCAGUGCCCUGCUCUACUGAAGAUGGAAAAGCUGGCUGUCAGUCUCACGAGUCCAACGUGGAGCUGUACCUGUACUCUGAGAACAGAGCUGCUGGGAUAAAGGAUGUGGUCAGAGAGUUCAUCAGAAAAGCUGAAACGACGCUGGCCCUAGUGACAGACCACUUCAGUGAUGUGGAGCUGUUGUGUGACUUGCUUGAGGCGAGUAGGAAGAGAUUUGUCUCAGUCCAUCUUAUUUUGGAUCAUUUAAACCUGAGCAUUUUCAGAGACAUGUGGCAUCAGCUCAGACUCCGGAGCGAAGACUUUCCUAAACUGUCAGUAUGCAGCGUUAAAGGACAUACAUACUGUGCCAAGAACGGCAGAAAGCUCAGUGGUCAACUGUCCGAAACUUUCAUCAUCAGUGACUCAACAGAGGUUCUGAUCGGAUCUUUCAGUUUCUCCUGUCUCUCUUGGGUGGUCCAUCGGAGUCUCGCUUUCAUCGUCAAAGACAGUGCUGUCCCACAUUUCCUCGAGGAGUUUGAAAGACUCUCCUCUUCCUCAACCCCAGUGUCUGGAUUCAUAAAUGCAUCUACCUCGGCUCCUUUUAAAACGCACACAGACAAACAACAACCAAAGAGUAUGGCCAUAUCAAACCACACAGACAUGGUUCGCAUAAACAAGUGGAUUGAAGAUGCAUUACACCUGGAGAUCGGAUAA